AUGGCCCCAAAACGACAAGCCGCUGCCCAAUUUGGCGCGACUUCGAUGCCUCGCCGUAACCCAGCUCGCAACGCCGAACCCCUCUCCUCCCUUACCGAGCAAAUGCGCGUUGCCAAGCCUCGAGCCCGAUCCAAUACUGCCAAACCUACACCAGGCUCCUCCGGCAAGACUCGGACCUCCACCCGAACACAGAGACUGUCCUACGUUGGCAUGGAAACUUCCGACGAUGAAUUGUUGACCGACGAAGACACGGAAGACAUCGAUGCAUCACCCCAAACCUCGAAAACCACUCCGCGCCGGGCCCCUCGGGCAGCAACUGUUGGCGCAUCUGGUCCGACUCGUACAAGCCCCAAUGAUGGCAACGGUGCUAGCAUCAAACGCAUGUCAGCCGCCUCUACCCGGGGCUCCGUCCCAAAGAAGGCGCGUGGCCGCAAAGCCAAGAGUUCGCUGCGCAAAGUCGGUGAUCGCGACUCCUCUGACGUACAAGACGGAGAUGGAUCUCAGGACGACUUUUCUGGCGGCAAAGCUACAUCGAAGCCUUCUCUGGUAAAGUCGGAUCGUGGAAGGCCUCCGCUUAAGGGGGCAAACCCUGAACCCAAUUCCACGAAUUCUGUCAUUCCCAACUGGUUGAGUCCACAGAUCGAGCAUUCAAUCUGGGUUCAGAUUUUCCAAUAUGCUGCAGUCUCUGGCGACGAGCAGGAUACUCUUGAUAUCAACUGGCUUCUUCGUAUUGCUCGGGCUUGCCGACAAUUCGCAGAUCCGGCUCUGACGGUGCUCUACAAGUGCCCCCCUGUCCGGGACGAGAUCAAAGCCUAUGGCCUUGUAGAGUUGCUCGAGAAGUCGCCGUCUUUGACGGCCGUCAACUAUCGAGCAAAGAUUGAGGCACUCCACAUUGAUGUGCGACUCGUGUCGUUGCAGGGCCCGACCUCUCCGCUCAAGCUGAUGCAGAAUCUGCCCCGGCUUUCAGAAGUACUGCUCGUCCAUGGAUACGACCAAGCUCCUUACCGACUGCUGAAAGAAUCGAUCAAAUGGACGUACCCACCAGAACUAUUCCAAGCAUUCGAGGUGUCGCCAACUGCAAACGCGGAGGCGGGAGAUAAAACCGCCAUAACCCGGCUUCGGACCUGGCAGUGGAGCUCUAGGCUUAUGGACAAAAACUGGGAGGUUAGCCUUGCGAGAAUCAAGCAGGUACACCAAAUACCAAGCUUCGCUUCUCUACGCAAGGUGAAGUAUGUCAAUUAUCAGAUGCCGUCAAUCCGACUGGAUAAAGACCCAGGAUCCAACCCCGAGCUGCAGGCUGAAGACGAAAGGUCUGUGGCUUUGCUUGCAGACUCCAUCUCGGUGUUGGAGAACCUCGAGGAUUUAGCCUUCGAGUCUUCAACAAUAGUCGGAUCGUCUUUGUUCUCUCUUCUCCCGGCAAAGCUGAAGCGUCUGGAGCUGGUCAACUGCGCAGAAGUCAUCGCCGACGAUCUUGGCAUGUUCUUGGUCACAAAGGGACAUCAACUGGAAUCGCUUGUCCUGCACCACAAUCGCUCGCUCAACCUGGGCUUCCUCACGGUCCUCGGUUCUGCCUGCCCGCAUCUUAAGGAGUUGCGAAUGAAUCUUCAGUACUUCAGUCUGUUGGAGACCAUCGACGACACUCUACCUUCUUACGAUACGCUCUUACUCCCUGAACAAGUGCCCAGCUGGCCGACAUCUUUGCAGCUUGUUCACUUGGAGAACCUUCGUCACUGGAGCUCCGACGCUGCCGACACCAAGGCAGCAGAAGCCUUCUUACAGUCUUUCAUUGACAGCGCCCGCGACCUACCGAAACUUAGGCAUGUGUCAAUCAAGGCGAUGUUGAACAUUUCCUGGCGGUCGCGCAGCGAGUUCCGCCGAUCAUGGCAGGAAAAGUUCGAAAAGAUCUUUCUUCGGCGGAGCCCUGAUCCGAGGCCGCACUCUACUUUGCGCAAGCCGCCUCCCAUCGAGACAUCGCCUUCCCUGGCAGUCACAAAACGGAAGUCUAAGAAACCGCCCGUAGAGCCCUCCCGACGAAGCAACCGCAUUGUGUCGCAUACAUCAAGCACUUCCUCCCGUGCUAGCAGUACGUCGCGGGGGCUUCGUGGUCGACAGCGGAAGCCCAAGUCAUAUCUUGAGCCAGACAGCGAUGAGUUCGAUUCCGACGGCGAUAUCGACAUGGAUGGCUCCGCCCAAGACUCGAAUGAAGAAGAUGCCGACCGGAAUACAGAAGGCGCAGCUACGAAUGCUCCAGCAUCCCAUGGGACCUUCAUCCAGGGCAUGUGCAUCGUGGUCGACAUCAACAUCGACAACCAGAAGCCAAGAGAGCAUCAAUACAGCAUGGAUGACUUCCUCAACGAUGAGAGAGACUUCGAGUCGGAUGGCGACUGGGACGGUGAUGUGGACUUUGAGUAG